GCCGCAGAGGGUCCCGGUUGGGGCACGUGACUUUCAAGCCCCGCCCGGCCGGUUCCCGCCCAGCCAAGCAGUUCGGAAUCUCUAUCAAGAAUCACUCGGAGGCUUUGAAAACUCUAACGGCGAGACCUUCCCCUCCCACACCAGUUGAAGCAGAAUGCGUUAAGAUGGGCCCUUGUGCAAUUGCAGCGCGAGCAGGGGAGGAGCAGAGAAAGAGGGAAACACAGAAUCCAAAGCUGGCUCCGAGCUGUCAGCACAGAGCCCAACACAGGGCUUGAACCCACAGACCGUGAGAUCAUGACCUGAGACAAAGUCGGUCGCGAAAUCGUCUGAGCCACCCAGGCACCACUAGAGUGACCACCUUUUUAGAGAGCCAACCCUGGACACAGUCCUACCAGAUGAAUAACAUACUCCCUGAGUCAAUCAUGGUCCAGAAACAGACGAUCCUUCUGACAUAUCCUGAGAAGGUGGAUAGUAGCCUAACGCUACCUCACAAUGCCUACAUAAUACCCCUCACUUUACCUCAUCAUAGAAGCAUUUUAUCAUCUCACAUCAUCACAAGAAGAAGGAGCCCAGCCCAGAGCUGGGACACAUAAAGCUAUGCUUGCAUCAAACCUACAUGGAGCCCAAGCCUGGACACCAGCUUUUCUGCUCUAGCCCCGCACCAGCCGCGACCUGCUUCCCAUGAACCUUUGCUCCACGCUCCCGCGAGGGCGCGUGCUCCCUACCCAGCAGUCCUCGCGCGGCCCGGUACAGCGGACACCCAGGACUCCAAGAUGGCGUCGCCCGGCACCAUGCCAGCCCCUGAAUGUGGUCACGAUUACCAGUGAAAGAGAAGAAGCUCAUGGAUGUGAAGCUAGGAGAGCUGCCAGGCUGGAUACUGAUGCGAGAUUUCACCCCUAGAGGCAUUGCUGGCGCAUUUCAAAGAGGCAACAAACUUCCAGGACGAAUGUUUGAAAUCAUCUAUGCUUCCGGGCUGUGCAUGAUCAGAAUCAGUCCUGUGGAACCAGUGUCCUCAUUCCAAGAAUUAGACACCCACAUCACCCCACGGGGACCUGUGUGGUCUCCAGCUUGCUGGGUUACUACCGGUAUUACAACAAGUAUGUCAAUGUGAAGAAAGGGAGCGUUGCUGGAAUUUCUAUGGUGCUGGCAGCUUACGUGCUUUUCAACUAUUGUCGGU